AACAGGGAAAUAAUGGAUCGUUGGAACACUUUUCGCAACGCAGUUUACUGCACCGAGUACGACGAGGAUAUUCUGGAAACGCUGAAGGAAUGUGAAGCCAACAGAGAGUUCGUAGACUUUGGCUCGCCACUGCUGAACCAUCGAACAGCCACCGUGGAGCUGAUUGAGAAGGUUUGCGAAGAGCAAUCCUUUCGCCGAGGUACCGUUCAUCUAGCGGUCUAUCUGCUGGACGUAAUAAUGUGCAACCACAAGAUUGCGGAACAAAACUUAAAUCUGGUAGCCCUAACGUGCCUUUAUCUGGCCUGUAAAAUCGAAGAAAACGAACCCAACGUACCUUCGCCGGCCAUACUGAAUGGGUUCGUGGCGAACACUUACACACCGGCCGAUUUCAUCGCUCUGGAGGUGGCCAUACUGAAUUACUUUAAUUGGCAUAUAACGAUCCCCACGGCGGCCACCUUUCUGGACAUAUUCUCGCUGAACUGUGUUGACCAGGGCGAUUACAAUGAUAUGCCACAAACUGAGCAGACUUCCAUUGAGGAGUUUGCACAAGCUAUAGGCGAGACGAGUGGCAUAAUACUGAAAAAUGCCUUGCGGCAUCUGAAAUUCACCAACACCAAACCGUCACUGUUGGCAGCUGGUUGUGUGGCAGCUGCUCGUUUAAAUGUAAGCAAUUUGCCCACCUGGAGUGGUCGGUUGACGCUUGCGACAGGAUACGAAUACAGUCAGAUCCAGUCGAUUUCUCUGGAGCUGCUGUUCGAUGCACUACCUGGUUCGCAGUCGUACGUUUCGGGUAUCAGUACACUCAAGCUUUCGGCCAUUAGCGAUGCAGGAUAUCUGUCGGAAUUGUACGACACGGAUGAGGAGGAUACGGUAUGCAGUAUUGGCCAGUCUUUUAGCAGUUCCGGCGAGGACAGCGACACUACUACAAGUUCUCCAUUGGCGGAAGGAAGUAUGAACCGCAAAAGGCUAAUGGAUUCGGGAACCUAUUCCAGCGAUGAUGGAGAACGGCGCGCUAAAAAGCGAAAGGCUGUAUCGCUGGAUCAGACUAUCAACAACUAA